AAGCUCUACUUGGAAUUUCUUCUCUUCUCUUCUCUUUCUUUCAUUAUUUCUUUCUCAUCACCAAUUGAACUAAUAUCCAAUAACCUUCUCCAACCAACCAACCAAUACCCAAUACCCACCCAAUCAAUCAAUCAACAAUAAACCACCCACUUGAGAGAUAAACCUCCACAGCUCAAAUCAAAAAGUUCUACAUAUAUCAAUCCUCCCACAUAUCCCAAACAGCAAAAUGGCAGGAAUAAUCCGCAUAACCAUGUUCAAAGCCCCUACUCAAGCUUCCCGGGACGCUCUCCUCAAAAACUACGAAACGCUAUCUAAAACCGCCGUUAAGGUAAUUACCUCUUUCCCUCCUUCCCCUCCUCUUCCCUCCCUCCUCUUCCCUCCCAUCCCAGCCCCACCCAACUAACCACCCCCCAGAACUCAACCCCCUACAUCCUCUCCCUCCAAGCAGGAGAAUCCCAACCCAACGAUCCCCGCACGCAAGGCUAUUCCAUCGUCUCGAAAACCGAAUUUAAAGAUUUGGAAGAUAUGAAGUAUUAUGAGGAUUCAUGUGAGGCGCAUCGAUGGUUUAAGGGGGAGGUGAAGAAUUUGGGGGUUGAGGGGGUUUGUUGUGUUUUUUAUGAACCGAGGGUUGUUGCUUAGGGUUUUGGGUUUGGUGAUGGGUGGAGAGGG